AUGGACCUCGACUCUUCCGACGACGAGACGGUGUCGCAGAGCGGGGACGAAGCUGGGAUGACUGCGAAGAAGACGAAUACGGGGGAAUCUACGCGAUCCCCCUUCGACGCCAUGGAGAAGAAGCCUUCGCGGGACAGAAACCGUGAGCGGACUGCCUCGCCGCGCUCCAGGUCGCGGCGGGGGAGGAGCUCCAGGCGCAGGGAGGAAAAGGAACGAAAGAAGUCCCGGUCUCGGACGGAACGAAAAGAGAAGCACAAGCGUCGCAGUGAGAAGAAGACCGAGGAGACACGACGCACAGAGCAACCACCGGAGCCUGCGGUGCCGCCAAAGCAGGCACCAGCGGUGCGCCUGACACCGAAACGUCCGCCAGAGGAGAAAACAAGGAAAGGCGCCGGACGAGUGCAGUGUCCGCACUGCAAAAAGUCCUUGACUACUGACCAGAUCAGUGGGCAGAAGCAGCAUAUGUACAUGAACUUGUACUGCCUUCGCUGUCAGUUCUGGAACAAGCUUCCGGAGGCCAAGAAAACCCAAGCAUACUGGGACAAGACAUAUGAACAAGCAACGUUGCUGCGGGCCAAGCGCGAGCAGCAGGACCAGCGCGAGGCAGAAGCUGAGACGCAAAGAUCUACGAGAUCAGUGGCCAGCUCCUCCCACAGGUCCAAGUCCGCUGUUCCGCUGCCUCCGCCGAUUCCGGUGCGGACACCGAGUCCAAGUGACGCGGAGGAGUCACCGGAGGAGAAGGCGGUGAAGCCCCGGAAGAAGACGGCAGAAGCCCGUGCCUACGAGGCUGGAGAUGUGGAGGGUGCCAAGCAAGUACUUCGUGUCAAUAAGCUGAUUCAGACGUGCCUGCACCCGAACUGGGAUGUGGUGUCUCAGGAUAUGAGUCCUGAGAAGACCAUUCUGUGCAGCAUCUAUGACUGGACAGAUCAAUGGUCCCGGUACAAACAUGGCUUGGGAUACUUCCACAUGGAGCGAUUCUCAGAUGCAGCGGCUGACUUAAAGCGUCUGCAGGACAAUCUCACGCUGCUGCCGGCCGCAAGCUGGGCCCACGAGGCUGAGAAGCAGGUGUCUCUGCUGUUGGUAGACUGUUGGAGCUUGCGACAGUACCGGCCAUAG